AUGGUUGGACUCAAUGGUGCAUGUGAAGGAUAUACUUUCCAUCUUCAAUGCCAACUUGGACUGGUCUGCUCCUUUGUCGACGGUACCAGAACUAACCAGACAUGUAUCCCUAUAGCCUCCAAGGGCGAGGGCGAGCAAUGCUACGACACCGAUACGUUCGACCUUGAUGGAGUUAUCCCACAAUAUGAGUGUGAUCUCUCCAAAGGUCUGGUGUGCAUAAAUAGCACCUGCCAGAAGCCAUUGCCUUUGUUCCCGGGCGUCGUCAACUGCACCAAAGACACCGUUGACAAUCCAAUCUGCCCAAUUAGUACACAGCAUUGCAACUGUCCAACAAUCGGUUCCACUAUGGGAAGUUGUGCUUACGGCAACAACUACAACUCUGAGUGUGCCAACUCUAUCAAGGACUUGGUGAGCUGUGUGUUGAAGAAUAAGUGUCAGUUGGUAUGGAUAAGCAAAUAUUCACCAAACACAUGUUUCUACAAACAUUGUGGAAGCAUAGCCUGUAACAACAAAUGUUCACCUCAACCAACCAAGAACAGCAGAUGUGGAUCACAAGGAAUCUAUUCAGCAUGCAGUGCCUACUCCUCUGGAAACACCCUCACCAUCCAAUCAAUCACCACUUUUGUCCUGAUCUCAAUGAUCAUGGCAAUUGUUAUUUAA